UCGCCUGCCUCCGUCCAAAGGAUUAGUAGCAGUGGGGAGUGAUGCUGUUUCUCCUUUCCUCUGCAGUUCACAGGAAGUGAAGGAGCUCUGGCUGGACUCAUUCCUUGGGCAAACAAAAGGACCGAAGGAAACCAGAGUGUCCAGAGCUCCCCCGAUCAAACUCCUAAUGAAAGUGUUAAGCAGCUGUAAUACUUCAAAGACACUAAAUGCUGGUAACAUGGAGAGUCUGAUUGAACGCCAGUCGGAGGCGGAUGCCAAGAAAUGCCCCCCGCUGGUCCCAGCAGAUACUGAAGACGGACUUUGCCACUCAACUGCAGAUGGCACAAAGAAAAGAAAGAAGGUGAUAUCACAGUCAUUUACUCUGAGACGAAGCUCUACCAAUGGGAAUUCCCCAGGGCAGCUAGACUCGGGUGCCAAAAUCUGUCUGUUUGGCCAGCCCCUGGCAAUUAUCUGUGGGGAAGAUGACACCCUGCCCCAGCCGGUCCAGGAUCUCCUAGCUAUAUUGUAUAUGAAAGGACCUUCCACUGAAGGGAUAUUCAGAAAAGCUGCCAAUGAGAAAGCACGAAAGGAGUUGAAGGAGGACCUAAACAAAGGAGGAAAUGUUGAUUUGAAAAGCAAAUCUGUGCACCUGCUGGCAGUGGUCUUAAAGGACUUCCUCCGAAAUAUUCCCUCCAAACUCCUGUCGGCCGACCUCUAUGAGAAGUGGAUGCAAGCUCUGGAGAAGCCAAGCAAGCAGGAAAAAAUUGAAGAACUGAAAGAGGUGGCUGACAAACUGCCUAGACCAAACCUCGUCUUGCUCAAGCACUUGCUGUCUCUGCUCCACCACAUCAGCCAAAACGCCGACACCAACAGGAUGGACUCCAGCAAUCUGGCCAUCUGCGUUGGCCCAAAUAUGCUGAGCCCAGAGACGGACAACACGCUCCCGCUGAAAGUGCAGAAGGAGAUGAAUGACAAGGUGACAGUGUUGGUGGAGUUCCUUAUAAACAAUUGCUCAGAGAUAUUUGGGGAGGACAUUGCCUUGCCUGUCUGUGCCUUGGCUGAGGAGUCACCAGAGCACACAGACAGCUCCACAGAACACCUAUGUGCUGCUCAUCAGAAUGACUCUGCCUAUGACAGCCCAGAUCCUGAAGCUGAAGGCAGCCCCUGUGCCUCUCAGAUGGAGCAGCCCAAAGGGAGGAGCACCAGUGUGAGCAGAAGAUAUCCAACGUGCAUCUCUGCCCCUUCACUGACUAAUUUCAGAAAUGACAUCAGCACGAUGGACAGGAGGUACUCAGAGCCAGAUCUCUCCUUCCAAAACCGCCUUGAAGGCAGGAUAAGGAAACAGAAGCUAAACAAAAGUGAGGACAAUUUUCCUGUUCAGCAGAAACAGCUAGGGUUGGAGGCACUGGAGAAACGGCUUGCAAUCUUACCUUCACAAUUAUCAACUGACUCUCUACCCAAAACAUCCUCCAGUUGCUCUCUGGAGAGCUCUGAUGGCUCUGUCUUCACCAGCUCCCCAGUAGUUUCACCCUCUAGUCCCAAAAAAACCUUUUUAAAUAGGCCCCAGUCCUUUUCCACAAAGGCCACCGAAGACUGCAGUACGCCUAGCAGAGAGAUCAAAAAGCAUUCCAUGUCGUUCUCUUUUGCAAACCGCAGGAAAACACUAUUAAAAACCCAGAGCUGGGGGCCUGGAAAAAACAUGGGUUUCCAGAGAGACAGUUUCACAAAGAAAGAAGAUCAUUUCUCCUGCAGAGUUGUCCAGGAGAACAGCCCUGAUGAUGACAAACCAUUGCCUGUGGCUUAUCAGCAAAGGCCCCGUUUCAGGUCAGCUGAUGAAGUAUUCAGAGAGGUAGACCAGAGGAAUCCUGGAAGACCACCCUCUUAUGAAGAGGCUACUAAAAACUGCCUGGACACUAAAGUUCCCUCCCACAAUCUCACAGUUCAAAUUAUGAGAUCAAAAGUGUCAAACCAGGAUGCUUUGCCACCUCAUCCAUGCAGCAGCUGUGCACAGGACACAGCACGUACAGCUCUAAGGGAUCUACCCAGUGGCAGAGUUUCUGCAGCAAAGGAUUCUGACCUGGAAACUGAAACCCUUAGCAUCACUGUGGGAAUAAACUCCCGUGUGAGUUUACCCGUGACCCCGGGAGUCUACCGACUGAGAGCCAUGUCUGAAUCCUGUCAAAAGAACAAACUUGAGUAUGUGGCUCGGAGGUGCAGCCAGCCAGUUUUUGAGGUAGACCAGAUCCAGUAUGCUAAGGAAUCCUAUGUUUAAAAAGCCUAUUUCAUCUCUUCAUACUGUACAAAGUAAAUAUUGUAAAAAUAGACAUCUUGGUAUCCUUUGUAAGAUUUUACUUUCAAGAGACACAAUAAGCUAGCUCUGCAUGAACUUUUCCUUGAGGGUCCUGAAGCGUCUCUCAGCUUGACAUGUCACAUUCUUUCACCACAAGAGGUGGUGGGGAAGACCUGUAUAUUAUUAUGUAAAAAUGCAAGUGAAUAUGCUGUAUAUAACCUGUUGUGUCGGAAAACUAGUUAGUAGUUGAUAAACAGUGUUGUAUUUGUAUCCCCGAAAGGACAAUUAAAAGGUUGGCAGGUCCAAAACCUGUCCCACCUUCCUUUUGUUUUCUGUACGGUCACAGACUCAUGCCAUUUGUCACGUGUGUAUGCCAAGGUGAUGCAAUGCUUUGCUGAUUUUCUGCAUGAAGAAGUGGGCUGGCAGUUACCCCAACCAAGGAAGAGCUGUUCUGUCAUCAAGGCCACUUCAGCACUCUUCCAUAAACCCUCUGAACCUGCUGCCAUUCCCUCUUCCUUCUUGCGGGUCAUAAGAAUGAUCUGACAACUAACCAGCAUUAGUGUUGUAUACCGAGCCUGCGUUUAGAGCCACUGAAGCCCUACAAGGUCAUUAUGGGAAUGUAUCAAGUAAAACCUCAUGAGGCCUGAGGUGCUUUUAGUCUAAAUAAACUGGACAGACUAAGCAGAAAGAAAAAGUAUCUUCAGGUUUGCUUUCAUGAGGGAAAAGUACCCCAAACAACAAAAAUUCCUGCAAGGAAACAUUCUGGAUUCCAGCUUCAAAUAGCUAAAGCUGCAGCUCAUUUAAAAAAAAAAAAAGGCAAAAGAGAAAAUACCAGGCGCUGUCCUUAUAACCUUGUAAAAAUGACUGGAAGUGCAAUGUGUUUUUACAUGUAGGAACUUGUUUUGGUUAGCACUUACCUCCCCUUUUAUGGCUUAGCAUAGCCUUGAACCAGGAGCGGCGAGACCUGUUUUUCUCCUGUGUAA